CCGUGUAUGCUUGAUUAUUAAACACAAGAAGAAAUUAAGCGACAUCCCCGACGUUUUCAAUGACUGUCGGUAACAAAACCGAACUUGACGACUCCAAGGUAUAAAACAGUAUGUUGAAAAAUCCGAAAUAAAUCUGUUCAAGAUGGGCAAGGACUCGGUACACAAUGAAAAAACACAGGCAGACUUUAUUAAGGAGGAAUUAAAUUUUAAUAUCGAUCCCAAAGACCCUGUAACAAAAGCUUCUCUGAACGAUCAGCCAGUAGACGAGUGGAUGGAUAUACUUGGCAAUGGCCAAUUGAAAAAGAAAGUCUUACUAGCAGGUGACAAAGGAAUACGACCAAAUAGAAGUGACACAUGUACUUUAAAAAUUGUUGGCAGGCUCAAAGAUAAUGAUACUAUAGUGGAGAAUUAUGACGAUCUUGUUAUACAGUUAGGAGAUGUGGAGGUUAUACAGGGGUUGGACUUAGCAGUCGCAUUGAUGGACGUUCACGAAGUUGCUGAGAUUGAAAUUGAUCCCAGAUUUGCUUACAGCAAGUUGGGAAAAAAACCUGACAUACCACCUGAUGCUGUCAUGAGCUACACAGUCGAAUUGAAAGACUUUGAGUUAGAGACUGAUAUAGAAACACUGAGCAUUAAGCAACGAAAAGAAAUAGGCAACAAAAAACGAGAACGUGGGAAUUGGUGGUUCAUGCGAGAUGAGCCAACUAUUGCAAUACAAUGUUAUCGGAGAGCGUUAGACUUUCUAUUGCCAGCGAAGAACGGUAUAAGUCGAAACGAAAUAGAAGAGACAGUUGGCGACGCCGAACUGCAAGAUUUGUUGGAGGAUCGCAUGAAAGUGUAUAAUAAUUUAGCAGCCUCGCAGAUGAAGAUAGAAGCCUACGAUGUGGCCUUGGAAAGUAUAGAAAGUGUCCUGAGCUGCCAGCCAAAAAAUGUGAAAGCCUUGUUUAGGAAAGGGAAAAUAUUACAUUUCAGAGGGGAACAUACAAAAGCCUAUGAGGUCUUGCUUUACGCUUCGAAAUUAAUGCCGGACUCGAAAGUCAUACUGGCAGAAUUGGCAGCUGUAAAAGAAAAGAAUGCUAAAGACGCUCGACACGAAAAGUACCUGUAUCGUAAAAUGUUCGGUACAAAGAAAAACACCAAUACAUCAAACAUGAAGAGGCAAGAGAAACUGAAAGCUAACAAAGUUAUAUGGGGUUUAAUCGGGGCAUCUGCCGCUGCUCUAGUGGGUUUGCUCGCAUACAGGUUUGCUACAUGAAAACGGUGAAAAAAAAGGAUAAAACUAAACAUUAGUUAAUGGAACGGGAAAUAACAGUUUUUAUAAAAACAGAACAGUACAUAGUCCUUAACUAAAGCGUCACAUAUUUUUUGACUUUUAAAUCUUUCUAAACGCAAUAAAAUGAUUAUAAAUCGAUUUAAUAAACACGAAUAUAUGUUUUGAA